AUGCACUUUUCUUCAUUUUUUUCUUCUCUCUCUCUCUCUUUCUCUCCGGCGGCGGACGAGGAUGGCGGCGGCGGUAGCGACGGUCUUUGCAGGCGCGCGGGCGUCAUGGUUGACGUCUUGGUCGCCUCUGGCGCGCGCGCUUCCAAUGACGAUGGUGGCAGCGCGGGCGGCGUCGACGGGUGGACGCUCGGAAAAACAGGCAAAGAAUGCAAAUCAAAACAAGAAGCAGCAGCAGCAGCGCUCGCGUCGUCCGCGCCGCGACGACAAGUUUGAUGUGACCCGGUAUGCGGCAUUUGCUGCUGAGCAGCAGAGCGCUCAGUCCAAGGGACCGAAGACCAUCAACGAGCCCCAGUACCGCACGUGCAGCAUUCGCAUGGAAGGUUACAAUCACGCCGUCUUGGACUCUUACGUCACUUUCCUGGAGCGCGCAGCCCGCGAACUGGGCAUCUCCUGCACUGGCCGCAUUCCUCUGCCUACCCAUAAGCGCCGCGAGACUGUGCUCAAGAGCCCCCAUGUGUACAAGCAGCAUCGCGUCCAGUUUGAUAUUGCAACGCAUGCACGUCUUUUCCAGAUGCGCAACCUGAGCCACAGCACGCUGAAUACAUACCUGACCUACGUGCAACACCAUUUGCCGCCGGGCGUGGCAACUCGUGUCAAGCUGCCAGUGCAUGUGCGUGAGAGACACAGAGAGAGAGAGGAGACAGAGAGAGAGACACAGAGAGAGACAGAAAGCCUGAGUUGCUUCAAGAUUCUUUCCCGCCCAGCUUUUUGUACCACAACCAUGGCCAGCCCUAACAACAACGACAUGGCGGCGCACGCGACCACGGACGAACAGAUUGCCCAGCUCUUCCUCGAGAACCCUGUCAAGCCCGAGAACAAGUAUGCCCGGUUCAUGAAGGAGAACCCCUUCGUCCCCGCCUUCAUUGGUGCAACGGGUCUGUGCUUGGCCGGUGGCUUUGUGGCUUACCGCAACGGUAACCAGAGCCUGAGCCAGACGUUCCAGCGCGGACGUGUCAUCUUCCAGGGCCUCACCAUCGCCUCGCUCAUCUACGGCACGUGGGACAUUGGGCUCAAGAAGGACGACAAGCCCGCUCAGCAGCAAUAAGCCCCUGCCGGCCUUUCUCCUUCCAACGAGGCCUCUCUUGCCAGCCGGCCAGCCACAACUCGCCGUUCGGUGUUUUUUUGGUUAGGUCCCGUUGGGCUCCAGCCUCUACCAUUAUCACGUAAAUAGGCUUUUUCGCGUCAUUCUGUGUAAAUUGUUGUCCCUUCUGAUUAUGCAUUUUGGAGAGUAGCAUGCCGUGUGCAGUAGUUCUCUUUUUUGCUUGUGCCUUGAUGGCGGCGCCAUCCCCCACACCGUUUUCUAGUUCGGUCCAAACGGUCCUUUUUUUUCCAAAAUGGAAUCGAUUCACUGAACCUUUACACA